ACAAAUCACAAUGACAAAUGUUGCGGUAUAACAUUCUGUGGAUUAUGUAUUUAUAUAAUAUAUAAUAUUAAACAACGUUCUAUAUUGUUUGUAUUCAUUUGGAAUAAGUCAUAAUAUCACGUAGACUUAAAGGUAUAACAAAUCUGGUUUCUCCAAACAAAAUAUUUCAGUUUCAACAUGCAAUUGCAUUUAAAGUUUCUGAGUAGGUACAUUCUUAUCAGCUUAGCUCUUGAACAGUUGUGAUAACUGAAGUUAUUGUUAGAAAAGUAUGGGAGUUCUUAUUAUUGUUUUUGCAAUUAGCGUUAUUAUAGCGCAGAACAUUUGUUUUGCUGUGUCGCAGUUCGCAAAUCAAUGACAUCAAGUAAAAUAUCUAAUUUGGAUACAAUUACAGGAGAAAAGAGAACAAUGUUCUGAUGAGAAGAUAUUUUAAAUAAAUGUGAAGUUUUUCUCACUCUUUUUUUAUUUAAAAAAUAUGCUAGCUACGAAGAUUACGCUACGCUACAUUAAUAGGGUAUCAAAAGCUCCAUUUUCUAAUAUGGUUGAUCCCAAAAGAGUUGUCAGUUAUGAAGACAUGCUUAAAGUCAUUCAGCAGCCCGAGAAAGUGAUAAUAGAUGUUAGAAACCCAGAAGAAGUGAAAUCUACUGGCAAGAUUCCAUCCAGCAUUAACAUUCCAUUAAAUAAUGUUCAAAAUGCACUAGCAACAAUGUCGGAGGAGGAAUUUAAAAAGAAAUUCCAGAGACCUAAGCCAUCCUCAUCGGAUGAGUUAAUUUUCUAUUGUCAAUCUGGGCGUCGUUCAACUGAAGCUUUGGAUAGAGCACUCAAACUUGGAUAUACAAAAUCCAAGACAUAUUUGGGAAGCUGGAAUGACUGGUCGAGCAGACAGCAGUAAAUAUUGAGAGUCAAAUAAAAUGGCAUAAUUAAAGCAUAUUCUUUAUUCCACAACCAUUUUUGUUAAGAGAUUUUUUUCUGUAAUCACUGGUUGAAAAUUAUCAUGCAUGGUUAUGUAACUAAAUAAAUUUUUGACUAGGUAUGUCUGUGUGUAAUAAAUAUUGGCUAAAUUUUGUUA